UCUCUGUGAGAUGAUGGAGAUCGUUGUGAGCUGGCUGAUAUUAUUGGGGCUGUUUUCUGUUCAGGAACAGGCAGAUUGUGCUAAAGAGAAUCUGGCACGAAGAGGAACCGCCACGCAGUCGACGACAAGCGGCUCUAAGUCCGCGGACUAUGCCAUCGAUGGCGGGAAGGACUUCUCUACAACUUCUAGCACUUGUGCCGUAACCAAUUGGGAGUAUUACCCGUGGUGGAGGCUGGAUCUCCAAUCAGCGCAUGUACCAAUCAUCGUGGUCGUCACUUACAGAGAUGACAGCUAUCCAGGAUUAAUGAGAUUAACCGAUGUUUUGUUUGGAAACUCUCUGCCGACCUAUGGACAUCCCAAAUGUACCGUGAUCUCAAGGGAUCCAGCAGCCUUUACCAUCACCUACUCUUGCGGUACUCUGGAGGGACGCUACGUGACGAUUCGUACGUGGUGGGACACUCUGGCGGUGUGUGAGGUGGAAGUUUAUGAGAUAGAUUAUAUAAAACGAUCGGUCAUGAAGCUAGCGUUUAACUCCAGCGCUAAUCUGAUCGACCCGACAGUGACGGAUCAAGUGCUUGAAGAGUUGACGUCAGCGCUGGCUGUGAGAGGAAUCACCAAUGUGACGCUGAGCUGGUCUCAAACUCCCGAAGAAGAAGUGAUCCAAAGACGAGUCGAAAACGAUUCCUGCUGAAGCAGAUCUCAGAGGAGGAAUGAACUUCAUCAUAUUCAUCAUUUAUACACUUCAGUUAUUUAUACAGUGACUCCAUGUUAUCAUGAACCCUCUGAAACAUGAAUGAAUACACCAGGAAACAAAAGGAAUAUAAUUUAACAAUUAAAUUAAUAUAAAUAUUAAGCCUU